GUUAUUUCCCUGUUGUAGAGCUGCCUGGCUCCUAUCAUUAUCAGUUUAUUGAGGGAGAAUCUGCUUCUGCUGUCUAUCGACGCCGCAGCUCAGUCACACGACAUCCAAAAUGACCGAAUCUCUCAAGCGAGUCUUCGCUACCAAGAAGGCGCAAGGCGCACCGGCCUUCGUGACUUUCGUCACGGCUGGCUACCCCUCUCCCACCGACACAGUUCCGCUCAUGUUUGCGAUGGCCCAAGGCGGCGCAGACAUCAUCGAGCUCGGCGUGCCAUUCAGCGACCCGAUUGCAGACGGACCAGCUAUACAAGACAGCAACAACGUGGCAUUGCAGCACGAUGUCAGUUAUGCACAAGUCUUGGGUAUGCUCAAGGAUGCGAGGAAUAAGGGGCUUCAGACGCCUGUAUUGCUCAUGGGCUACUACAACCCCCUCCUCUCGUAUGGCGAAGAGAAGGCCGUUCAAGACGCCCGCGAAGCUGGAGCCAACGGCUUCAUCAUGGUAGACCUUCCUCCGGAGGAAGCCAUCCGUUUCCGCUCGAUCUGCGCAAAGGAGGGCAUAUCCUACGUACCCCUCGUCGCACCCAGCACCAGCCUCCAGCGCAUAAAGUUUCUUGCCAGUAUCGCCGAUUCCUUCAUCUAUGUCGUCUCCAAGAUGGGUACCACAGGCUCCUCCGCAGAGGUAGCAAUGAACGUCGAGCUUCCCCAACUGCUUAGCCGCAUCCGGGCCUACACUCCUGUUCCCCUCGCAGUCGGAUUCGGCGUUGCUACCCGCGCGCACUUCGAGUCCGUCGCUGCUGCAGGAUCAGACGGCGUCGUCGUUGGCUCGCGGAUCGUCUCCCUCAUCAAGGGUUCCAAGAGCCCCAAAGACGCACUCGAUACAGUCCGUGCCUUCUGUGCCGAGCUCACCCAGCACGCAGGUGCGAUGCCGACCCCGCCACAUCUGGCGAACGGCGCUGGCGUUCAGGUCGUCCAGCCCCCACCUGCGCUACCUAUCCCUCCCGCGCCGGCACCGGACUCGCUCAAGGUCACCGAAGCUGGCCAUCUCCCAGGACGGUUCGGCGCCUUCGGAGGACAAUACGUACCCGAAGCAUUAGUUGACGCACUCGCAGAGCUUGAACAGGCUCACUUGACGGCCCUCGCCGACCCCGAGUUCUGGAAAGAGUUCGAGAGUUUCUACGGGUACAUCAACCGACCCAGUAGGUUGUACCACGCUGAGCGGCUGAGCAAGCAUGCGGGCGGGGCGAACAUCUGGUUCAAGCGGGAAGAUCUGAAUCACACCGGCUCGCACAAGAUCAACAAUGCUAUUGGCCAAAUUCUACUCGCACGCAGGUUAGGGAAGAAGAGGAUCAUUGCGGAGACCGGGGCGGGGCAGCAUGGGGUUGCUACAGCCACGGCGUGUGCCAGAUUUGGGCUUGAGUGUGUGGUGUACAUGGGCGCGGAGGACGUGAGGCGGCAGGCCCUCAAUGUUUUCCGCAUGCGCAUGUUGGGAGCAAAGGUCAUUCCCGUCAACUCGGGAUCCAAGACGCUCAAGGAUGCGAUCAACGAAGCGAUGCGCGACUGGGUGACAAACCUGUCCACAACGCACUACCUUGUUGGCUCUGCCAUCGGCCCGCAUCCUUUCCCCACCAUUGUGCGCGACUUCCAACGCGUCAUUGGUAGGGAGAUCAAGCAGCAAAUGGCAGAGAUCAAGGGAAAACUGCCGGAUGUUGUCGUCGCCUGCGUCGGAGGGGGCAGCAACGCCAUUGGCACGUUCUACGACUUCAUCCAAGAACCGGGCGUACGUCUCUUCGGCGUCGAGGCUGGCGGUGAUGGGGUGGACACGCAGAGACACAGCGCGACUCUCGCCCUCGGCACGCCCGGUGUGCUGCACGGUGUGCGGACAUACCUGCUUCAGUCCCCUACUGGGCAGAUCAUCGAGACGCACUCCAUUUCAGCCGGGCUUGACUAUCCUGGUGUCGGACCGGAGCACGCCUGGCUCAAGGACUCUGGCCGGGCACAGUACAUCGUCGCGACGGACGAGGAGGCUCUGCGCGGAUUCCGUAUGUGCACCCAACUGGAGGGCAUCAUCCCUGCGCUCGAAUCGGCACACGCAAUCUGGGGGGCAGUACAGAUUGCCAAAACGCUGCCGAAGGAGCAGGACGUGGUUCUCUGCCUAUCGGGCAGAGGGGACAAGGAUGUCGAACAGAUUUCGGAAAUCUUGCCUGGGAAAUGGGCAGACAAGCUUGAUUGGCACAUCGAGAUGUGAAGGGUAGAAGUGAUAGAUCUUGUGUUGGUGGCAUUAGGAUUAAGGCUACAGAUGAAGCCCAAAAUAGACUGGCUUUUGCAGCAGAUGUUAUUGUCCACUCCGGCCUUGGUUCGAAUCCACCGCCUCGAUAUCCAGCAGUUCCUGAUGUAUGUUCCCCAACCUCUGGUCGAUCCAUUCCCUGCGCUUCUCUGACGUCCGCACAAACUCGGCAUCUUCCACCCGCCGAACGGGCAUCACGUACCCCAGUAGGUCGAGCACCAUUUCUGAGAACCCUCGUGGUGGGCGUUCCUCUGCUUGAGGAGGCCGGGAUUGGGCAGCUUGGAUGUCCCGGGCGACGUAUUUGAUCCGUGCCACGGACAUCUCGUUCGCUGCUACCUGGAGGGCAACGGCCGUUAGGCCAAUCGUGACCGCACCUGGCAGGAGGCCCGCUCUGCCACGCCGUAGAGUGUUGAACGCCCCUCCUGUAAUGGCCCCUGCCAGUGCCGAAUCAGGCACUUUUACUAUCCGCAUCUCUGUCCAACUUUUCUGGUCGAAUUGGGGGCUUGGUUGGGCCCGAUGUGCGGCAGCGAGCGCGAGCAGGGGUGAAAUGGCCCAUUCUCUCAGCCCAAAAAAUACUGACGUCCCUAUACAAGCGCUCGUCCCUGUUGUCAGAGCAAACAGUCC